AUGUUUACUUACUUGUGGCGAAGCUUGUUGGUUUCUACGCUCAUAGGAUCGCUUUUAGUCGAAGCGUUCUAUUUACCUGGCGUGGCACCAACUACAUACCAUGAAGGCGAUGAUUUACCGUUAUUGGUCAAUCAUUUGACUCCAUCUCAAUUUUAUAAACAUUACGACACAGAUCAACAUGACACUGGUGAUAAAGAAGGAUUUUUGUACUCUUAUGACUAUUACUACAAGAAGUUCCAUUUCUGUCAACCAGCAGAAUUGAAAAAGCAGCCAGAGUCCUUGGGAUCGAUUAUUUUCGGUGAUCGAAUCUAUAAUUCUCCGUUCAAGUUACAAUUGUUGAAAAAUGUGGAAUGUCAAUCGUUGUGUAAGUCAGUGAUCCCAGGCAAAGAUGCAAAAUUCAUUAACAAAUUGAUCUUGAAUGGAUUUUUCCAGAACUGGAUCAUUGAUGGUUUACCUGCUGCAAGAAAAAUGGAGGACACCAAAACAAACAAGAUCUUUUACGGUAACGGAUUUGAGUUGGGUCUUGUUGAUGUAUUAUCGGAUUACGAGCCUGACACUAGGUCUUUGCAUGAUGAAUUAGAGUUGCAGCUAAACGCGAAGAAAAACGUGUUAUCUCCAGGGGAUAAAGUUACGGAAAUUCCAUAUUUUGUUAAUCACUACGACAUUCAAAUUGAAUACCAUGACAGAGGUGAGAACAACUACCGUAUUGUCGGUGUUACCGUUAAUCCUGCUUCUAUAAAACGUGAUAGCCCUGAUAGUUGUGAAAGUACGGGUAAAUCUUUGGUACUAAGCGAAACCGAGGAUAAUGAAGUUUAUUUCACAUACUCAGUUAAAUUCAUCAAGAGUGACACAGUAUGGGCUACUAGAUGGGAUAAAUACCUACACGUCUACGAUCCAAAGAUUCAAUGGUUCUCAUUGAUAAACUUCUCUACUAUUGUUGUUUUGUUGUCUUCUGUUAUGUUGCACUCAUUGUAUAGUGCUUUGAAGAAUGAUUUAGCUCGUUACAACGAGCUAAACUUGGACACCGAUUUCGAAGAAGAAACUGGUUGGAAGUUGAUUCACGGUGAUGUGUUCCGUUCCCCAAACAAAGCACUACUUCUAUCUGUUCUAGUUGGCUCUGGUGGUCAACUAGCACUAAUGUUAACGACAACCAUCUUAUUUGCGUGUCUCGGAUUCUUGUCCCCAAGUUCUCGCGGUUCUUUGUCUACCGUCAUGUUUUUGCUAUAUGCCAUUUUUGGAUCUUUCGGUUCCUUUACAUCUAUGGCCACUUACAAGUUCUUCAAUGGAAAAGCAUGGAGGUUGAACCUCGUGCUCACCCCACUUUUGGUACCAGGAUCUAUUUUGACUGUGGUCCUCGGAUUGAACUUUUUUUUAAUCUUUGUACACUCCUCAGGCGCUAUUCCAUUCCAGACCAUGCUUGUAUUAGUUCUACUAUGGUUCGUUAUCUCGAUUCCUUUAUCGGCUAUCGGAUCCGUCAUUGCAUGGAAAAAAUGUAAUUGGAAUGAACAUCCAACAAAGACCAACCAAAUAGCAAGACAAAUUCCAUUCCAACCAUGGUACUUAAAGACUAUUCCAGUGGCAUUACUCGCAGGAAUAUUCCCAUUCGGUUCAAUUGCCGUUGAGUUAUAUUUCAUCUACUCUUCUCUAUGGUUCAACAAAAUUUAUUACAUGUUUGGAUUUUUAUUCUUUUCCUUCAUAUUGCUCGCCUUAACAACAUCAUUGAUCACCGUUCUUUUGACAUAUCACUCGCUAUGUAUGGAAAAUUGGAAAUGGCAAUGGAGAAGUUUCGUUAUCGGAGGAUGCGGUUGUGCAUUUUAUGUUUUCUGUCACUCUAUACUUUUCACCAAGUUUAGAUUAGGAGGUUUAACAACGAUUGUUUUAUACUUGGGUUACUCCAUACUAAUUAGUGGUCUAUGUUGUUUAGUGACAGGUGCAAUCGGAUUUUUGAGUAGUUUAAUUCUUGUCAGAAAAAUCUACUCUUGCGUGAAAGUUGAUUAG